AGUAAAACCUCUUGAAAAGCAUUCUACCGUAAGUAAUAAUCCGACUUUUCUCUCUCUAGCUAUGGCGAGGAGAAGGGGACGGCCAAAAAGGAACAAUCCGAGCAGCAGUGGGAAUGGACUUCAAACGCCUGGAUCAGCACAAGGGAGUGUCUCGACACAUGAUAAAUCAGAGAAAGGAAUGGACAUACCAGACGAUGUUGUACCUGAAAAGGAGACGAACCCUAAUUUGGAGGAAAGUGAGAUUCUGGAUAAGACUGAGACUCCAAUCCAGAAAUCAUAUGCGAGUGUUGUUGGUAACCAAGAAGAUGACCAGAAAUUAUGCUAUAUACCAGCUACUGAGGUAAAUGGGAAUUUUGUGGCUAAACUUACGAAGGAUGACGUUAUUGAUACUACAACAUAUUGGGAUGCUACGCUAGUAUGCUGUAUUUUGGGAGCAAACCCUCCAUUGGAGGUGGUGAAAGGCUUUGUUAACAGGAUCUGGAGUUCCUAUUCAAUUGAAGAAGUUUCGGUGCUCAAGGAGGGUCAGUUAAUUGUCUCAUUUAAACGUGUUGAGGACAGGGAUGAAGUUAUCAAAAGGAAGUACUAUUAUUUUGACAAUAAACCUGUCCUAGUACAAAAAUGGUAUCCAGGUGUGAAGGUUAACAUAGAUCAACUUGAUGAUAUUCCCAUUUGGAUACAGCUACCUGACCUAGAGAUGAAGUACUGGAGCUUGACUGGGCUCAGUAAGAUAGGAAGCUUGGUGGGUAAACCUGUAAAACGGGAUAGACCUACUGCAAGUAAGAGGAAGUAUGCUUAUGCUAGGAUACAGGUAGAGGUAAAAGUUCAACAGGAGUUCCCAUUGAUGGUUCAAGUUAUAGAUGAUGAAGACAGAGUGAAGAGCCAGGAAAAAGGGGAUAAAUCUCUUGAAGUGAGAAGAAAACUGGUUUGGAAACCUAAACGGGCUGAAGUUAACAAUGACCAAGCACCUGAAAUGGAGAAUAAGAAGGAGAUGGAUAAGAUCCCUGAACCUGAGGAGGAGUUCACAGUGGUUACUGGAAAGAAAGCAGGGAAACCAAAGGUUAUGGACAUGAAUGAAGGAAAUGGAAUAGAAGCUCUAAUGAAGGAUAGGAAAGGACUUUGGGAUCAUUUGGAGAGAAUUGCUAAUAGUAUGGUGGCUGGAUGGGGAAUUAUUGGGGAUUUUAACUCUGUCCUUAGCUUGAAGGACAGAAUUGGUGGCAACAAUGUCACUGAAGAAGAAACAAAGGAAUUUAAAGAGUGUAUGAUAACAUGUGGGAUGGAAGAAAUCCCUAGUGAAGGUAGCUAUUAUACUUGGAGCAACAAACAAGGUAAUGGAAACAGAAUUUAUUCUAGAUUGGAUAGGGCAUUAUCUAACCUGGAAUGGAUUAUGAAAUUUGAUGAGAAGGUCCAGGUAAUUGAGGAAGGUAUAUCUGAUCAUUGCCUUCUACUGAUUAGAACCUAUAUGCAGGACAGAAGGAAUGUGGGAUUUAAAUAUUGUGAUAUGUGGGAACUAGACAAUGAUUUUAAACCUAUUCUCCAAGCAGUUUGGAAUAAAGAUAUCCCAGGGUGGUUCAUGUAUCAGUUGAUAAGAAAACAAAAGGAUCUUAAGCAUCCUCUUAAACAGAUUAACAAAAAAUUCCAUCACAUACAUCAGCAGUGUGAACUUCUCAGAGAGGAACUUAGUGACAUUCAAAGCAAACUGAAGGGGGAUAUUAACAAUACAAGCCUGCUGGAUAGGGAGAAGGAAUGCCUACAGGAGCUUAUAUUCAAGAAUAAAGCUUCACAUAUGAUGAGAAUGCAACAAGCUAAACAGAACUGGAUUUGUGAGGGUGACCAAGGGUCAAAACUGUUCUUUGCUUGGACUAAGAAGAGAACUAUUUUCAACCAGAUAACUUCAAUCAUCACUGAUAAAGGGGAAAAAGUGGAGGGCAGAAGCAAGGUAGCAGAGGUUAUGGUUGAUUAUUUUCCGAAACGGCAAGGGCAUAGAACCUGGACAGACCCUAUUCAGGAUGUCACUGGAUUGGAGGUGAAUUAUUCCAAAUCUCAGAUGGUGCUCGGUGGAAUUACUGAUCAAGAGGCUGAUGGCAUUCUAAGAGAGGCUAAAAUGGAAAGAGGAACACUUCCUUUCAGAUAUUUAGGGGGUCCCAUUACACCUAGCAGAAUAUCUAAAAGGGAAUGUGAAGGACUGAUUAAUAAGUUGACUGUUAAGAUCACUAGCUGGGCUACCAAGCAUCUCUCCUAUGCAGGGAGAUGCAAGUUAAUUAAUACGGUGUUAAUGGGGGUGAUCUCGUUCUGGUGUAAGCUGUUUGUUAUACCUAAUAAAGUAAUGCAUAAGAUUCAGGCUAUAUGCAGGAAUUUUUUAUGGGGAUCAAGUGCAGAGUAUAAGAGGAUCUCAUCUGUGUGCUGGGAAGAGAAUAGUAUUGGCAAAUGGAUACAAUUCCAAUGGAGGGCGAAGACUAAUGAAGAGAUGAUGGUGGAAGUCAAGAAAACCAAGGGAAGGCAGCAGAGACAAACGGCAGUAGCUGGAUUUGCAGCAAUAUGCUAUGGGAUAUGGCAUGCUCGUAACCUCAAAAUUAAGCAGAAUCGUAUUAUUUCCCCUGAAGAAUGUAGUGCUUGGAUUAGGGAUUAUGUGAGAGUUUACAUAAAUGCUAAGUUGAAGAGGAUGUGGCUAAGGUAGGGACUAGGGAUGUUUGGAUAGCCUGGGUGGGUUUGAAUUGUAUUUGUAUUAGUUGUUGUGGUGAAUAAAAAAUGUUUGCAUUU